AUGAAGAAUGAUCCAAUAGUGGUAUUUUUUGAUAAAUGGGAAAUUAAAAAUGCUCUGGGAAUAUCUACAAUACCUGGAUUUAAUCAGAUACAAUUUGAAGGAUUUUGUAGGUUCAUUGAUCAAGGUUUGACGGAAGAACUUUAUAAGUUUCCAAAAAUUGAAGAUACAGAUCAAGAAAUUGAAUUUCAAUUAUUUAUGGAAACAUAUCAAUUGGUCGAACCCUUGAUAAAGGAAAGAGAUGCUGUGUAUGAAUCACUCACAUAUUCUUCUGAAUUAUAUGUAUCCGCGGGAUUAAUUUGGAAAAACAGUAGGGAUAUUCAAGAACAAACAAUUUUUAUCGGAAACAUUCCUCUAAUGAAUUCCCUGGGAACUUCUAUAGUCAAUGGAAUAUAUAGAAUUUUGAUCAAUCAAAUAUUGCAAAGUCCCGGUAUUUAUUACCGAUCAGAAUUGGACUAUAACGGAAUUUCGGUCUAUACCGGCACCAUAAUAUCAGAUUGGGGAGGAAGAUCAGAAUUAGAAAUUGAUAGAAAAGGAAGGAUAUGA